AUGGUACAAUACGUCUUCACACCAUGGCGCGACCGUUACGAACUCUUGCUCGUUCGCGAGCAGAUGUACACAGGCAUCGACACCAACGCCACAGAGGCAAAGGGGCAUUCCGGCCUUUCUGAAGGCAGCAUAAACAUACAAAACCAACAGAUUUUGGACGAUCAGGAAACACAGAAGAGGCAACACAAAGCGGUUGCGCGUGUGUCGAUGUGGAUGCAGCGAGGAAACUGUCCUCACAUGGUCGAGUCAACAGCACUGUUGAUGGCUGCCAUGCUGAGUGAUAAAGAGGCAGCCGCUGGAGAAAAUGCAGCUUCGUCAGCGUAUGCAAUCAGAGCAGCAUAUUCAGCUGCCUUUAGCAGGUUCGUUACUGGUCUUCUUGAUGGCCAUCAGGACAAACAGCGCAAACAGAGCAUGUACUCUAUUGCAAAGACCAUUGGAUUACCCGCUACAUUCGUUGAGCUUCGCCAUCAGUCAACGCACGAACAGUUGCCCUCAUUAGCAAAGCUGCGCACUGCAGCUAAGAAGGCCUUAUUGUGGAUUUGGGAUUAUUACUGGCAGCAGCUGGGCGAGGACAAUAGCGACGCGUGUCGCAAGGCAGUACUACGGUAUCUCAGUGAGGGAGAUGAAUCGAAGCUGGCGGCUCUGUUUCAGGAGUUUGAGCGAUGGCCUCCAGAGCGCGUUCUCAAGACAGUCCAAGAGGUCAAGGGCAGUUUGCCAGGCAACCAAGCCUUUUUGAAGUGCGCAGAAUUGAUGCAGAGGCUACGAGAGUCUGAGGAAGAUAAGAAGUCGUCAAAAUCUGGUACCGCCGAUACGACCAUGAAAGAUACAGAGCCUGACACUGGUGAAGCUGAUGAGGAAGAUGACUUUGGGUGGUCACAGUUCAAAGGCACAUGGAAGCCUAAACCUAUUGGGAUUAGGCAAAUAUGGGUGAUGUUGGAAUUGGACUCGGACAUGUCACGUGCAGUCGCCCGCAUCGGCAAACGUCAUGAUACUGGAGCCAUGAUGCCUCGCUUGGAUGACAAAGCCUCACGUCUCAUUCGAUCUUGUUCUGUUACAGCGCAUCCGCCUUCAACUGGCCUUGACAUUUACACAUACCUACUUAUGUAUAGACUCGCUAUAAGUCGGCCAUUCCCCAGACAGAAAAUUGGAUUUCUAUCUAGUGCUCUCGUAGCUGCUACCCGCGCCAUGCAUAUUCAGUCAAUUCCUAUGUGGGAGGGAAGCUCCAACAACUACGCUUACCUGGUAGUUGACGAUAAGUCCAAGGAUGCCGUCAUCGUUGAUCCCGCAAACCCUCCAGAGUACAUAGGUUGCGCCUAUUCUGAAGGAUGCUAUUCAGGCGGGGAAGAUCAACUUGACAGCCAUUGUCAACACCCAUCACUUGCUGAGCUGGGCAAUCCCAAGCUAGACAUUAUCGGCGGCAAAGACUGCGAGGGUGUUACGAAGACACCUGGUCACGGCGAGACCUUCAAGCUAGGCGACAUCACCUUCAAGGGUGUGCAUACACCUUGCCACACUCAGGACAGCAUCUGCUUCUUUGUGGAAGACGGAAAGGACAAAGCUGUUUUUACCGGUGAUACCCUUUUCAUUGGCGGAUGUGGAAGAUUCUUCGAGGGCAAUGCGGAGGAGAUGCAUGAGGCUUUGAACAAGCGCCUUGCGGCGUUGCCUGAUGACACUGUAGUUUAUCCGGGACAUGAGUAUACCAAGGCCAAUGUCAAGUUUGCCGCAUCUGUUUCCCAGCGUGAUGCUGUACAGAAGCUGCACUCCUUCGCCGAGAACAACAAGGUCACCACCGGCAAGUUUACCAUCGGAGACGAAAAGGAACACAACGUCUUUAUGAGGGUUGAGGAUCCCGAGAUUCAGAAGCAGACAGGUGAGACCGAGCCUGUGGCAGUUAUGGCCAAGUUACGCGAAAUGAAGAACAACUUCAAAAUUUCUCAGCCUCCAAAGCGCAAGGCUCCCGCGACCAGCGCAACCGCCGCGCCCAAGGCGCGACAAUCCAAACUUGCAAAGGAGCAUAACGUUACUGCGCAAGAAGAGGGCGAGAUCCGCGAGGCGUUCAGUCUCUUUGCGGAGCCAAUGGACGGUGAGAAGCAUGGAGUCUUGCCUAUUGACGACGUCAAGUCUGCGCUCAUAGCCCUCGGUGUUCCGCCCUCUUCUCACGCAGAGCUCAAAGAAUUUAUAUCAAUCCUGGACCCAGAAAACGACGGUUACGCGACAUUUGAACCUUUCUUCGCAAUCUGCGCCCUCAAAUUCCAUACAAGAGAGCACGACUCGGACGCCCAUCGUGCAGAAGUCGAGGAAGCUUUUCGACUAUUCACAAACGGUCAGGAUGGACCCAUUACCCUUGCACACCUGCGACGUGUUGCUGCUGUGCUCAAAGAGGAUGUCGAUGAGGAGCUACUCAAGGAUAUGAUUCUCGAGGCGAACGGCGGCGUAGGUGUUGCUAGGGGAGUGGGCGUUGAGGAGUUUGAUGGAGUCAUGAAGAGUGCUGGUGUCUGGAGGUGA